AUGGAGAAGAGAAGGCCAAGAGGGAGCACCGAUGAGUCGGCGGUGGUCAAGGCGGCAGCGUGGGCGUGGCACCAGCACGGAUCAGGAUCGGGAUCGGAUGGAACCCCGGCCCGUGAGUAUGUCGCGGCAAGACCUCGUCACGUCCCUAGGCCGUCUCGCUACAAGCUAGAAGCCAUGAGAUCAAAAACCAAGGAAGGAGUGCUGCCUCUAAUUGAUGAUAAUUUUAAACCGCAAAGCAAUAAAGUGUCUCUCCUUGAUGCUUAUGAGAUUCAAAGUAUUUCUCGGCGCCUAGAUUCUCUAAUAGAUCAAUACUCUAUCGGUGAUCAUGGUGAUGAUCACAAAGAUAACCAAGAUUUUCGUCUAAAAGAUGCAUUAAUCUCGGAUGUUGAUGAUGAUCAUAGUAUGGUGAUGGAGAAGAACAAGAAGAAGAAGAAUUUGAGGAAAAUGGUCAAUUUGAGAGGGUUUUGGAUAAGGCAUGCAGCGGCCAUGUGCGGCACAAGGGAAGGCGUGGUGGAGACGGCGGCGAAGAGUUUUUGGAACGGGCGGCGGCGGCAGACGGAGGACAGCCGACGUGUGCUGCCGGUUGUUAUGGCGGCGACAUGUCGACCGUGGAAUAAUAUUAUGCAUUCACGCGGGUGA